CGAUGCUGAGUUCGGUUGAGGAGUUCGGAGAAGCGGCGGCGCUGCGGACGGUGGCAUCAGUGCAAAGGGGCGAAACAAGGGAAUAUUUGGCCGACUUUCAAAAUAACUGGAUUAUAAAAACUGGACGCGCUGGAUAGCCACUCAUUCAUCUCUUCGUGCACGUAGCUCUCAUCUCUGACCGCCCGUGGUGGCCUAUUUUUAGUUCCUCAUGCCGGAGAUGGCGCAGCGGAGUGGGCAAGAGGACCCUGAGCGGUACCUCUUUGUGGAUCGGGCCGUGGUCUACAACCCAACUACCCAGGCAGACUGGACGGCCAAGAAGCUGGUGUGGGUUCCUUCUGAACGGCAUGGAUUUGAGGCGGCCAGCAUCCGAGAGGAGCGUGGAGAAGAAGUGCUUGUGGAGCUGGCUGAAAAUGGCAAGAAGGCCAUGGUGAACAAAGAUGACAUCCAGAAGAUGAACCCGCCCAAGUUCAGCAAAGUGGAGGAUAUGGCUGAACUCACCUGCCUGAACGAAGCAUCUGUGUUACACAACCUGAAGGAUCGUUAUUACUCUGGACUCAUAUACACAUACUCAGGACUCUUCUGCGUGGUCAUAAACCCAUACAAAAACCUCCCCAUAUACUCUGAGAACAUCAUCGAGAUGUACAGGGGCAAGAAGAGGCACGAGAUGCCGCCUCAUAUCUACGCCAUUUCCGAAUCGGCAUACAGAUGCAUGCUUCAAGAUCGUGAGGACCAAUCAAUUCUUUGCACCGGAGAAUCAGGUGCUGGAAAGACCGAAAACACCAAAAAAGUCAUCCAGUACCUGGCUCACGUCGCAUCAUCUCACAAAGGAAGGAAGGACCACAACAUUCCACCAGAAUCACCUAAAGCAGUCAAACUCCAGAACGGAAUCCUGUUUUAUGGAGAGUUGGAGCGUCAACUCCUACAGGCAAAUCCUAUUCUGGAAUCCUUUGGAAAUGCCAAAACAGUGAAAAAUGACAACUCUUCACGUUUUGGCAAGUUCAUCCGCAUCAACUUUGAUGUAACCGGUUACAUUGUGGGGGCCAACAUUGAAACCUAUCUUCUUGAAAAGUCCAGGGCCAUUCGCCAAGCCAAAGAUGAACGCACCUUCCACGUCUUCUACCAGCUGUUGGCCGGUGCUGGAGAACAUCUGAGAUCUGAUCUACUCCUGGAGGGUUUCAAUAGCUACCGCUUCCUCUCCAAUGGUAACAUUCCCAUCCCUGGCCAACAGGACAAGGAUAAUUUCCAAGAGACCAUGGAAGCCAUGCAUAUUAUGAGCUUCAAUCAUGAGGAAAUCUUAUCAAUGCUGAAGGUGGUUUCAGCCGUCCUGCAGUUUGGUAACAUUGUGUUCAAGAAGGAGAGAAACACAGAUCAGGCCUCUAUGCCUGAAAACACAGCUGCUCAAAAACUUUGCCACCUGCUCGGAAUGAAUGUCAUGGAGUUCACUCGUGCUAUCCUGUCUCCAAGAAUCAAAGUGGGCAGAGACUACGUACAGAAAGCCCAAACUAAAGAACAGGCUGACUUUGCAGUGGAAGCCCUGGCCAAGGCCACUUAUGAAAGGUUGUUCCGCUGGCUUGUUCACCGCAUUAAUAAAGCUCUGGACAGAACCAAGCGCCAGGGAGCUUCCUUUAUUGGCAUCCUGGAUAUUGCUGGCUUUGAGAUUUUCCAGCUCAACUCAUUCGAGCAGCUUUGUAUCAACUACACCAAUGAGAAGCUCCAGCAGCUCUUCAACCACACCAUGUUCAUCCUGGAGCAGGAGGAGUAUCAGCGGGAAGGCAUCGAAUGGAGCUUCAUCGACUUCGGCCUCGACCUGCAGCCCUGCAUUGACCUCAUUGAGAGACCCGCAAAUCCUCCUGGCGUGUUGGCUCUGUUGGAUGAGGAAUGCUGGUUCCCCAAAGCCACAGAUAAAACCUUUGUGGACAAACUUGUUCAAGAGCAAGGCACCCAUGGAAAGUUCCAGAAACCACGGCAGCUGAAGGACAAAGCCGAUUUCUGUAUCAUUCACUAUGCUGGAAGGGUUGAUUAUAAGGCUGAUGAGUGGUUAAUGAAAAACAUGGACCCUCUGAAUGACAAUGUGGCUACGCUUCUGCAUCAGUCCACGGAUAAGUUUGUGGCUGAGCUGUGGAAGGACGAGAUUCAGAAUUUCCAAAGAGCGUCUUUUUAUGAUGUCUCUAGUCUCCAUGAAUCGCCAGGUGAAGUGGACCGUAUUGUUGGUUUGGACCAAGUGGCAGGAAUGAAUGAGACUGCAUUUGGAGCCGCAUAUAAGACCAAAAAGGGCAUGUUUCGCACUGUGGGUCAACUAUAUAAAGAGUCCCUUACAAAACUCAUGGCCACACUCCGAAACACCAACCCCAACUUUGUUCGCUGUAUAAUCCCCAAUCAUGAGAAGAGAGCUGGUAAGCUGGAGCCCCAUCUGGUUCUAGAUCAGCUGAGGUGUAAUGGAGUUCUUGAAGGGAUCCGCAUCUGCAGGCAGGGAUUCCCUAACCGCAUCGUCUUCCAGGAGUUCAGACAGAGAUAUGAGAUUCUUACUCCUAAUGCAAUACCUAAAGGCUUUAUGGAUGGCAAACAGGCUUGUGAGAGAAUGAUUCGAGCUUUGGAGCUCGACCCAAACCUCUACCGCAUCGGUCAGAGCAAGAUCUUCUUCCGCACUGGAGUUUUGGCGCACCUGGAGGAAGAGAGAGACCUGAAAAUAACAGACAUCAUCAUCUACUUUCAGUCGGUCUGUCGAGGAUACCUGGCUCGCAAGGCCUUCGCUAAAAAGCAGCAGCAGCUAAGUGCUUUGAAAGUCCUCCAGAGAAACUGCGCUGCUUACCUGAAACUGCGCCACUGGCAGUGGUGGAGACUCUUCACUAAGGUGAAACCCCUCCUCCAGGUGACCCGCCAGGAGGAAGAGAUGCAGGCCAAGGAUGAGGAGCUUAUUAAAGUGAAGGAGAGGCAGGUUAAAGUGGAAAACGAGUUGGUAGAAAUGGAGAGGAAACACCAGCAGCUCUUGGAAGAGAAGAACAUCUUGGCCGAGCAACUGCAGGCCGAGACUGAAUUGUUUGCUGAAGCUGAAGAGAUGAGGGCUCGUCUGGUGGCUAAAAAACAAGAGCUGGAGGAGAUUCUUCAUGACCUGGAGUCCCGCGUGGAGGAGGAAGAGGAGAGGAACCAGUCGUUGCAGAACGAGAAGAAGAAAAUGCAGUCACACAUACAGGACCUAGAGGAGCAGCUGGAUGAGGAGGAGGCUGCUCGACAGAAGCUGCAGUUGGAGAAAGUGACUGCUGAAGCCAAGAUCAAAAAGAUGGAGGAAGAUAUUCUGCUGUUGGAGGACCAGAACUCCAAAUUCCUAAAGGAGAAAAAGCUCCUGGAGGACCGUGUCGGUGAGAUGACCUCUCAGCUGGCUGAGGAAGAAGAGAAGGCCAAGAACCUCGGCAAAGUCAAAAACAAGCAAGAGAUGAUGAUGGUGGACUUGGAAGAGCGUCUGAAGAAAGAGGAGAAAACUCGACAGGAGCUUGAGAAAGCCAAAAGAAAACUGGAUGCGGAGACCACAGACCUACAAGACCAGAUAGCUGAGCUGCAGGCCCAGAUUGAUGAACUUAAGAUCCAACUGGCCAAGAAAGAAGAGGAACUGCAGGCUGUGUUGGCCAGAGGUGAUGAGGAGGUCGCUCAGAAGAACAACGCCCUCAAGCAAUUACGGGAGCUGCAGGCCCAGCUAGCUGAGCUGCAGGAGGAUCUGGAGUCUGAGAAAGCAGCCAGAAACAAAGCAGAGAAGCUUAAGAGAGAUCUGAGCGAGGAACUGGAAGCUCUUAAGACUGAGCUGGAAGACACGCUGGACACCACCGCUGCCCAGCAGGAGCUCAGGAGUAAGCGAGAGCAGGAGGUGGCGGAGCUGAAGAAGGCCAUUGACGACGAGACGAGGAACCACGAGUCUCAGAUCCAGGAGAUGAGACAGAGGCACGGCACGGCACUGGAGGAGAUCUCCGAGCAGCUGGAGCAGGCCAAGAGAGUCAAAGGAAAUCUGGAGAAAAACAAACAGACUCUGGAGAGCGAUAAUAAGGAGCUGACCAAUGAGGUGAAGAGUUUGCAGCAGGCCAAGUCUGAGUCCGAACACAAGAGAAAGAAACUGGAGGCUCAGCUGCAGGAGGUCAUGGCCCGCUUCAGUGAGGGGGAGAAGGUUAAAGGAGAGCUGGCCGACCGUACCCACAAGAUACAGACGGAACUGGACAAUGUUUCAUGCCUUUUAGAAGAUGCCGAGAAGAAGGGAAUCAAACUGACCAAAGACGUCUCCAGUCUAGAGAGUCAGCUUCAGGAUACUCAGGAGUUGCUUCAAGAGGAGACGCGUCAGAAGCUGAACCUGAGCAGCCGUAUUCGUCAGCUGGAGGAGGAGAAAAACAAUCUUUUGGAGCAGCAGGAGGAGGAAGAGGAGUCACGAAAGAACCUAGAGAAACAACUGGCAACACUACAAGCCCAGCUGGUGGAGACCAAGAAGAAGCUGGAGGAUGAUGUUGGAGCCCUUGAGGGUCUGGAGGAGGUCAAGAGGAAGCUACAGAAGGACAUGGAGGUGACCAGUCAGAAGCUGGAGGAAAAGGCCAUUGCUUUUGACAAGCUGGAGAAAACCAAGAAUAGGCUGCAGCAGGAGCUGGAUGACCUCAUGGUGGACCUAGACCAUCAGAGACAGAUCGUCUCAAACCUAGAGAAGAAACAGAAGAAGUUUGACCAGAUGCUGGCGGAGGAGAAGACCAUCUCUGCGCGUUACGCUGAGGAGCGGGACCGUGCCGAGGCCGAGGCUCGAGAGAAGGACACCAAAGCUCUGUCUAUGGCCCGAGCCCUGGAUGAAGCUCUGGAGGCUAAAGAGGAAUUCGAGAGACUCAACAAGCAGCUCAGAGCUGAGAUGGAGGAUCUGAUCAGCUCCAAGGAUGACGUAGGCAAAAACGUCCACGAGCUGGAGAAAUCUAAGCGGACUCUGGAGCAGCAGGUGGAGGAGAUGCGCACUCAGCUGGAGGAGCUGGAGGACGAGCUGCAGGCCACUGAAGAUGCCAAGCUGCGUCUGGAGGUCAACAUGCAGGCCAUGAAGGCCCAGUUUGACCGAGACCUGCAGGCCAGAGAUGAGCAGAACGAGGAGAAGAAGAGGGCGCUGGUUAAACAGGUGCGUGAGAUGGAAGCAGAGCUGGAAGAUGAGAGGAAGCAGAGAGCUCUUGCUGUUGCUGCAAAGAAGAAGCUGGAGAUGGACCUGAAAGAUGUGGAAGCUCAGAUUGAGGCUGCAAACAAGGCCCGCGAUGAAGCCAUCAAACAACUACGAAAACUCCAGGCUCAGAUGAAGGACUACCAGAGGGAGCUGGAGGAGGCACGCACUUCACGAGACGAGAUCUUCACUCAGUCUAAAGAGAACGAGAAGAAGCUCAAGAGUCUUGAGGCUGAGAUUCUGCAGUUGCAAGAGGAUCUGGCAUCUUCAGAGAGAGCCAGACGCCACGCUGAGCAGGAAAGAGAUGAACUUGCUGAUGAGAUCUCCAACAGCGCCUCUGGAAAGGCAGCCCUGUUGGAUGAGAAGAGGAGACUGGAGGCUCGUAUCGCUCAGCUGGAGGAAGAGCUGGAGGAGGAACAGAGCAAUAUGGAGCUCCUGAACGACCGCUUCCGCAAGACCACUAUGCAGGUGGACACCCUGAACACAGAGCUGGCAGGAGAGCGCAGCGCUGCACAGAAGAGUGAGAACGCACGUCAGCAGCUCGAGCGCCAGAACAAGGACUUAAAAUCCAAGCUGCAGGAACUCGAGGGAUCCGUCAAAUCAAAGUUCAAGGCCUCUAUCGCCGCCCUGGAGGCAAAGAUCCUCCAGCUAGAGGAGCAGCUCGAACAGGAAGCAAAGGAAAGAGCUGCAGCUAAUAAGAUUGUGCGUCGCACAGAGAAGAAGCUGAAGGAGGUGUUCAUGCAGGUGGAGGACGAGCGGCGCCAUGCAGACCAGUAUAAAGAACAGAUGGAAAAGGCCAACUCGCGCAUGAAGCAGCUGAAGAGGCAGCUGGAGGAGGCUGAGGAGGAGGCGACGCGAGCAAACGCCUCCCGCAGGAAACUGCAGAGAGAGCUGGAUGACGCCACUGAAGCCAGCGAGGGGCUGAGCCGAGAGGUCAACACACUCAAGAACAGACUCAGACGUGGCGGUCCAGUGAGCUUCUCCUCCAGUCGUUCAGGACGCAGGCAACUGCAGAUGGAGGGAGACUUCUCUGACGACGACGCAGACAGCAAAGCCAGCGAUCUGAACGAGAACCAGCCUCCUCCAGCAGAAUAACAUAACACACCCUUCAUCAACACCUCAUUCUGCUCCUGCAGCUCUCCGUGGUACACAAACACACACACACACUCAGUCAGAAGCUACAUCUCCAUCAACUCUGCCUUAUUCCCAAUUCAAGAUGCUUCAAGACCCAUUAGUGUUUUCCUGUAGCCUUCCACGACACUAUAGAAGUGCAUUUGCUCCGCUCAUUCGGUCAAAACGGUCACUCCAAUCUAGUUUAGCUAGCUAAGCCAACGUGACGGAUCGCAUCUUAGUUGUACAGUUCAGAAUUUCGGGCUCGGUUGAGAUGCAUGUGCUGCUCGUUCGCUUUAAAAGCAACUAAAUCAAGUCCUAUGGCUCGAAAUAAAUGUGAAACCACUACAUCUCGUCACCGGGCUUCGUAAUUUGGGCUUGGCUUCACUCGAGGCCUCCUGUUUGGGAGAUGUUUUACGAAAUUUGACGUAACUGCGAAUCGCUUUUAACUGCACAUCAUUUGAGAAGCCAUGCAACUGGAAACCAAUAUGACGUUUUCUGGAUGCACGUCAAGCAUUACAAGCCUUUACCUAUAUAUAUAUAAUCUAUUUAGGUUUCCCCCCCUAUAUGUGACACAAUGAUGGUACAUCCCAAAUCCAGCUGCUCUAUUUGAUACACUACAUGUGAAUCACGGCCACUAGAGGAAGUGUAUGGAGGAAGACGUUUGAGACACUAACGUCUAGAUUGGAUUCGUCAACUGGAACACGUUCAUUCACAGCUACUUCCUUAAAGACUUGAGUUUAGGGAUGAUUUGAACAAUAGAUGAAUGGAAAGUGUACUAACCUGUUAGCAUUUAAUGACGUGUUUCUUAAAGUGCCUUAGACACUAACUAGAAAACAUCCAUGAGAGUUUGUCAUGAAGAAACGCUAACAUGAAGGUAAAAGCGGAUGAAGGAAAUUGGAAUAAAACUGUUAUGUAACCUCCUCCCCCCUAUUUUUUUUUGUUGUAUUUUACCGUGGUAUGAUCAUAUCCAGUAUAUCAGUCUCCUGUAUUUGAGGAUGAUCUGGGGAAUCAGUGUUAAUGAUGGUUUGCUAUAGAAGUGAAGAGAACUCAUUUGGUUUAAAGCUUUAUCAUAUCAUCAUCAUCAUCAUCAUCUUUAUUAUUAUUAAUGCGGUAUUAUUAUUAUCACUUCUGUUGUUGGCGAGCAGACGUCUCUCCUCUUGUUUUUCCUCUUGUAUACUGUAACUAUUUCUAGAUGACAGUGAGUUUUGUAAAGGAAAAAACAAUAAAUAAAAGGUUGAUUGUAGAAGAGA